AUGAUUACAUUUAGUCUACUCGUGGUCUCAUGCUCUUCGGCCGGCCGGUGCGUUGGCAGGGAGCGCUACCUGCUGCCGGCGCCCAACUCGUCGUCGGCCGUGAGCCGCGUGGGCUUCAUCCUGGGCCACGAGCUGGCGCACACCUACUUCGGCAACCUGGUGACGCUGGAGUGGUGGGACGCCAUCUGGCUGAACGAGGGCUUCGCCACGUACUUCGGCGCGCUGGCGCUGGAGGGCGCGCAGCCCGAGCUGCAGGUGGCCGCCACGACGGCGGUGCGCGCCUUCCUCGAGGUGUUCGCCGUCGACGCCCUGCGCUCCUCGCACGCGCUCACCGCCGCCGCCGCCACCGCCAGCGACCUCUACCAGAUCUUCGACAGCAUCACCUACUACAAGGCAAAUGUUGGCAUGGAUAUUUUGGGACUUAAUAGUGAAUGCAAAGGCACUGUUUAUUCAUCACCUAUAUCUAUGCGCUUUUUCCUCUAG